AUUACUAUUCUCACGAAAUGCCGUGAUAUGUCAUCUAGAUGAAAUUCCAUGUUUGAUGAUCCGCGUGGCCGAUAUGAGACGAUCGCACAUCAUUCAAACGCACGUACGUGCACAAAUCAUCCGUAAAAAAGUCACAAAAGAAGGUGAAAUUCUGCCAUUCUAUCAGCAAGAGUUGAAAAUCGGCGCACAUGAUGGAGAGGAUCGAUUAAUGUUCAUUUGGCCAACGAUCAUUGUGCAUAAGAUCGAUCGUCGAUCGCCACUUUAUGCAUUGUCUGCACAAGAUAUGAUCAAGCAAUGUUUCGAAAUUGUUGUGAUACUCGAAGGUGUUGUCGAAAGUACCGGGGUGACAACACAAGCGAGAAGCAGUUAUUUGCCCAAUGAAAUUCAAUGGGGCCAUUGUUUCGAAAACGUGGUCACAUUUCGCAAAGAUAUUGCCGAAUAUGAAGUUGAUUAUCAAUUAUUUAAUAAAACAUAUGAAGUAGAUACACCGCUGUGUAGUGCUAAGCAUUUGGAUGAUGUCAGAGACGGAUUGCAUCAACAAAAUGGUUUAGAGACAUCAUGCUCUGCUGGUAUAAUACCACGUGUUUCAUCCGCACUUUCAUUAGAACCAAGCGAUGAAUCUGUGGACUCAACUUGUACACCAAAUAGCACAAAAACUGCCAUUUUUGGUAUUUGAGCUUGUAGUGCAUAGUCAAUGGAGAUGGAGCGUGACUUGUCGAACUAUUGUUCAGUGAGGAAAAAAUGAAUUAUAUAUACAUUUGCCUUAGUGUUAAGAAUGAAAACUAUUUCAGAAGAAUUUAUAUUUUUGUGAAAAAAAUCGACUUUAUUGAAAAAAGGUUUUUAAUUUACAUUUUUAUUAUGAAAAAUAACCAUAUUAAAAUGACAUUUUAAACGUGCU